AUGAGGUUACCUCUCCCAUACUUCCGCACCAUUAGACACAUGAGGUUAAACUACACAGAGCCACCCACCUGGCACCUCUCCCAGCGCAGGACAGCAACAUCUUUACAAACCUCCCAGCCACACGUGUUCCCAACGUCGGGAUUCAUUACAUUAGAUUCUUCAACGAAGUUCGAAGGAGGAACUCUCCCUGAUUACAUGAAGGAGAGCUUCUACCCAGUCCAUAUCGGGGAAGUCUUCAAUUCCCGAUAUCAAGUUAUCACCAAACUUGGCUUCGGCUCGUCGUCGACUGUCUGGCUCUGUCGAGAUCUGCGAUAUGGGCUGAUAUCGCAGAAUCGGAAGCUCCCAGAAGUCGACAUUUCGAACCACUUGAGAGCUAACUAUGACGCUCGCGGUGUCCAGAGAUACCUUCGGCUAGUCAUCGACUCGUUUGAAGUUCCUGGGCCGCAUGGAGUGCAUCCAUGCCUCCUAUAUGAGCCCGCUGGUGUAGAUAUCCGUGAUUAUAUACACUGUCUUGAGGGCGAUGCGUUGCCGGAGAAUCUCCUUCGACCUACCCUUCGAUUUGUCCUUAUUGCCCUUGAUCACCUUCACAAAGCCAGGGUUAUCCAUACGGAUGUCCAGCCCAACAACGUACUUCUAGGCAUCGAUGACGAGUCAAUCCUUGCUGAAAUGGAAGAGGAUGAGAUCUCCGACCCCGCUCCUCGAAAGCAGCUGUGUGAUCGCACGAUCUUUGCCACCCGUGCGAUGCCUUUAACAGGCGGCGAACCGGUUCUUGCUGAUUUGGGAGAGGCGCGAUUUUCUGAUGGUAAACAAACUGGUCUUAUCAUGCCGAGUGUAUACAGGGCGCCGGAAGUGAUGUUGGGUAUGACCUGGGAUAACAAGGUCGGUAUAUGGGCUUUAGGCCAGAUGGCAUGGACAUUGUUCGAACAAGGACAUCUUUUCAAGAGCAGCUACAGUCUCGAGAAUGAGACCGGCUCUGCCCGGCGGUUUGCGGAAAUGAUUUCUCUUCUGGGACCACCUCCAGUUGAGUUCCUCGCGCGAAGCGAAGGGAGUUUCAAGUUUCGGGACAGGAAUGGUGUUUGGAAGCCCUCCCAGGAAAUUCCAGAACAGUCUCUGGAAAGCCGAGAAUCCCGUCUCGAGACUCAUGGUAAAGCGAUUUUCCUCCGGUUUUUACGAAAGACGUUGCACUGGGUUCCUGAAGAAAGACCAACCGCGGAAGAGCUGCUUUUGGAUGAGUGGAUUAGGGGGGAUGAUUAUUGA